AUGCCCUUGUUAGAAGAUCUUCUGCAGUCUGCUAUUGAUCCUUCAAACAAAACGAUUGAUUCAAAUUCUACUAGAGCUUCCCAGAACGAGACAUGGGAUGAUCAUAUCAUUAGAGAUGAAGAUGUAGAGGAUGAUAAUGCAACCACUUUGAACACUCCCAUUUCUGAUGGUAAAACUACUCGAAUCUCUAUUUCUGCUGAAGCAGGCCAGAAUUUGUACCAACAUUGGACAGAUCAAGCCGUUUCUGGCCUGAUGGCAGCGUACGCUACUAACAGACUCAAAACAGUCGAGAAUGAUCAAGUUAAGAAGAUGCACCAUGACUGCACAAAGAGUUCCAAAACUGUGAGAGAACAUGCAAAAUGUGUAUCCGAGCUUGUGGAACAGUUUCAUAAGUUCGAAACUUUUUCUCCGCCUCCUCUUCCAAAAAGGAAUACGGGAGAAGAGAAGAAAGUCGUGAAAAGUAAGAGAAACAGGAUGACAAACAAACGGAAGAAGUUCACUAAACCAAAACGAAUCAAGUUUUCACCAUAUAAGACUAUGAAAUUGAAGAAACGUGUUAAGAGGGCCUUGAAGCACGAGUUCGAUCGUCCUAUUAUCAAACGAAAAAAAUCAUACAGUCUCUUUGAUGCUAAUACCAACAAUUACAAGGAACCUAUGGCUGUUAUAGCGAAGAACUUGAUCAAAACUAUUCGCUCGUUCAAAAAUAAAGAGGAACAGCCAAGAAAAUCAUGGCAAGAUACUAUCGAAGAGAUUGAAAAAGAAGGAAUCCUCAUGAAGAAAAGAGACAAAAUGAAGAAGCUUUUACAGAAUCGUCUUAAGAAGUUUCGUGAAGAUCUCAAAUUCACCAAUGAAACCAGCACAAAUGAAAUUUUACUAAAAAACCUGGAAUUCUCACGAGAUGAGGAUGUUGGUGAAGUCAAAUUGAACGAUAGGGAUGAGCUCAUGAGUGAAGCAAAAAAUGCUGAGAAGACACUCAGCUUGAAAGAUGAAAUGAUGAGAACACCAGUAAAGCUCAUUCGCGAAGGCGUGAAGCUGGGAAUGGCUCUCUCUGGUCAAGACAUCUCUAAUUUUGACAACAAAACAAUUCGGAUGAUCUCCCCAAAGUUGAUGGCGUUGGCUCCUGAAGAAAAAAACUUGGAAGAUACGAUUAAUUUAUUGUCUCCCACUUUAUUAUCGUUCCACAACAACAGUGGGAUAUUCAGUUUACCCAGCCUUUUGAACGUCUUUGAUAAUGAGAGCCAAGAAGAAUGGAUGAAUUUCGUAUUUGAAGCUUCAGGUGUCUCAGAUGCUGUUUCCAUGAUGAAAAAUGCGAAAGCAGAAGCCGAGAGAAAAGAAAUGAAAGAACACUUCAUGAGCUACACGAAAAGCUUACAGCUACCGAAUGAGACAUAUGAUAUUCCGGAUAUGGUUGCGGGAGAUACAGAAUCGGCAUUCAAAACGGAAAAUAUAUCAAAGCUUAUUGGUAACGGUGAGAGUCGAAAGAUCGAACACAUAGAAGAGUUGCAAAAAACGAUGACAAAAGAACAGCUUAAUAUGAUGAAUGAGACAGGCUAUGCAAAAAUGACUGACUCUCAGUUGAACUUCUUUUAUGGAAGCGGAUCUCCUUUUGAAGAUUCGGAAGUUCUAGCUAGGUUAACCAAUGUUUCAACUGAUAAGAUUGGAGGAGCCAUCGAAGCGGCAGCUCGAAUGUUAGCGGAAGGACAAGCAAAAUUUGAAGUAAGUCGACAGCGAGACAUUGUUCUAUCACCACUCACUUUCACUCCAAUCAUAGCUUCACCAGAAACUGCUUCACAAGGCUUGAUUCUAUCACCCAUCUUGGUUGUACCACUGGUGUAUUCUCCAUCAAUUUUUGGAUCAGUUAUUCUAUCACCAUGGGUUUUCGUUCCUGUUAUUGUUUCACCACGUAUUAUGGGUCCUGUUAUUCUUUCUCCAAUUCUGUUCAGUCCAAUUGUUUUAUCUCCUAUUGCAUUGAUCCCGAUUGUUUUGAGUCCAGGUGUUGGACUUCCACUGAUAUUAUCGCCAAUGGCUUUAUGUCCUUUCAUAUUGAGCCCUGUUGCUUUAACACCUAUAAUACUUUCGCCUUUCGUUUUAUCACCGUUCAUAAUCAUUCCAAAUGUCUUGAGUCCACUGAUUCUCAGCCCUUUCGUAUUAAGCCCUCUCAUCCUAUCUCCUCCUGCAGUAUCAGCUUUCAUAUUGAAUCCCUAUGCUUUAUCUCCUAUCAUCAAAUCAGAAGGAGCUGUCUUCACAGCGGUUCUAUCCCCCAGUUGGCUCAGUUAA